AUGCAGACACCAACAUUUGGUGGGAAACGCUAUUUUAUUACAUUUGUUUUCGAAAAGUCGCACAACUGUGUCGUGUACUUGCCAAGGAUCAAGUCUGAGGUGGCUGAUAAGUUUGCUAACUUUGUCGCGCUAGCCGAAAAUCAGACCAACAAGCGCGUGAAAACAUUUCGGUGUGACAAUGGUGGUGAGUACAUUUCUGGAGCACUGGCUAAGUAUUGUGCCGAUCUCGUCUUAGUAGAGAAGUUUACUCCCCCGUAUAUGUCUCAAGUCAAUACUGUGGUCGAGUGUAUGAAUCGUACACUUGUGGAGUGUGCUCGAUGCAUGAUGGAACACGCUAGCCUGUUGAAGUCACACUGGGGUGAAGCUGUCACAACUGCUACAAUUCUUCGAAAUCGCUGUCCGACACUCGCAGUCAAUACCGACAUGUCUCCAUACCAAGUCUGGAAAGGAAAGAAACCGGUUCUGAAGAAUUUGAAGGUCUUUAGCUGUCAUGCAUUUGUUCAAGUUUCGAAAGAGAAAAGGUCUAAGUUUGACGCUCGCUCCGUUCGCUGUUGCCUUUUGGGCUACACGGAGCACAAGAAAGCGUAUCACUUUGAAGAAAUUGAAGGCGGUCGCGAACUUGUUAGUCGUGAUGCGCAAUUAACGGAAGACGUCUUCGAUAGUGGAAGCCGUGAUUAUUGUUGUGAUCAAGAUGCCUAUGAAGACAAUGGAGAUACAGAUAAAGAUAUAUAA